UUUACUUUUUAGAUCAGUCUGUUAGGUAAAUUUGUUGUAUCAUACCAGUUAAAGUUCGGUAUUUGUGAAAUAUAAAUAGGAUUUAAUUACUUAAGGUAACGACUCACUUGUAUACAUAAAAGGUCUGCGCAGGCAAGUUAGUUGACACAAGUGUUUACGACUGAAAAAAGUCAAUAAACAUCACUCGGAAUGCCUUUCCAGCUCUGGCAAAUCUUUAUUAUAAUAUUACUUGAAGGACAAGCAAUAUCAAGUGACUACAUACCAAACUGCAAAGCUCUACAACCACUGAAAUAUUGCCCACCAUAUGACAGUUCCGAAUGGAAGUUACGGGCAUAUUGUAAAAACUGUAAAGCUGAUCAGAAAUACCAUUGCUGUAAGGACUAUGACUCACCAAAGUUAAAUUGUCCACAAGGCGAUGUUUACUGCAAAGAUGAACUUUACGUCGAAGGAUGUGCUGAAGAAAAGUUUUGUAAAAAAGGUGAAGAACCAGUCUUAAGCUUCAUUAAGAAUCAAGUUAGAGUUGAGAAUCCUGAAGUAUUUUGUGUGCUAUGUUACAACAACAAUCGCUACAAUGACUCUAAAAAUAAAUCAUCUGCAACAUAUUCAGAAUGUACACAAAAGAAAUUAAACAUCUGCACAUUUGAAACCCAUAAAAUAGAGUGUCGAAAAACAUCAGGUGAAACUAGUGAACGGUUCUGUAGAUGCGAUGUGGAAAAUGGAUAUUACCCCAACUCACAUCCGGAUGAUCACCCAGUCGAUGGAUGCAGUUACAAUAAUUAUAUAUGCACAACAGGAAGAUGUGGACCAAACGAAAGGACUUUAUUAAAUUACACGUGUGAAUGUGAAGAUGGAUUUUACAAACACAACAACUCAAUGCCAAAGUGUGUUCCUCUCCAAACUAAAGCAAUAACUGUGUUCCCACAAUUCUUGACAACCAGCAAAGAUAACACGACAUCUUCGGGCAUAAGCACUGCAACUAUUAUAGUAUGUGCCAUUGCCAUUCCAUGUGCUUUUGUCAUUCCGUUUGUCAUUUUAAGAAAAAUACGAGGAAAGAGAAAUAAAGAUCUAACACAUACCAAACCAAAAGUUAGUCGUCAAGCAAAACAGAAAGAAAGAAAUAUAAAUCAAACAGAAGAGUUAAUGGAAGAAUUAUUAGGUGAUGAAAAAAGAGAGUUUGUUAAAGAAGUGACACAGCAUCGUAUCGUACACCUACGAGAUAAUUUAGAUCCUAUCCCAAUAAUAGAUAAAUUAUUCCAAAGGCAAUUGAUAUCAAAAUAUGAUUAUGAUAGUAUGAUGAGCAAACCAAAUAAACCAGAACAGAAUCGAGCAAUUUUAGACAAGGUUAUGACUCGGGGAGAAGACUUUUACAAAUCAUUUAUUACGGAAGUGUUUAAUUUGAAACAGUUCGAUUGUUUCGAUGCACUACAAGAAGAGGAACGUCUAGUACAUAAAAGUAUUAUCAAUAAAAGAGAAAACAUUGUCAACGUCAACGUAGAAAUCCAUGAAUCAGAGACACCGUUAUUGGAAAUGCAACAAGAAGAAAGUCACGCAGAAACAGAAACAACUAUUUAAUAUACUCACAAAAAGGAACAUUUUCGUGUAUCUGGAAAUAUUUUAAACAUGUUUUUUUUCUUGUGAAAAAGUUUUAUGCAAUAAUACUUAUAACUAUCUUUUAAAAAGAGCUAUCGACUUAUUUUAGAGAAAUGUUUGAUACGUCAUAUGAAAAGUAAAGGAUUUGUUAUAAUUGCUACAUGUCUUUGAGAACGUUUGGUAUCCGGUUGGUUAAUCUGCUACGUUCAAAUUCUGAUUUAACGAUCAUUCUCAGCAAAAUGAAGCAUUUAAGGCGGGGAAACAUUGAAAAUCUUAUGUAUCUUGUAUAAUAGUAUAUGAUAUGUUGCAAGUUAUCAAGUAAUAUUUUCAGCAAAUAAUUAUAAAUAACAAUACAUUAAACAUUUGUAAAAUCUGACUAAUAUAUCUUUCAUUAUUUACAUUUUUUAAAAAACACAUUUAAUUCUAAGAAUAAUGACGUCAUAUGACGCUUACAAAAUGUGAAGGAUAACACUCGUGGUACAACUAGGCCUCAUCUAAAACCCUUAUUGUUUAUUUGAUAACAUUUUGUUCAAAUUGAUAGUAUAUCAAGUGAUAUAUGGACAAGAUAAUGACUUAAUGAAGAGUGAUUUACCAUCUUAAAUUGUUUCAUUUAUUGUUCUCAUUAUCAUCUGUGUUCAUCUUAUAUCAUAUGAUUUAUUUCUGAACAAAAAUGAUGUGAUGUUUGAAAAGAUUAU